UGUUGUUCCCUGGUUGGCGUGUCUCCGACGAAGAUACUAGCGCUGAUUGGCCAGUCUCCCCGCAGCGGGCGUAACUGGAGCAGCUGACAGCGUUAAGUGUUGCCGGGCUGUCAAGCUGCGUUUAGCAGAUCUCGGUGACUUUGCACGGUGGCAAUGGAGAAACCUCAGGGACCUCAUCCGGUUCGCUUGUAUGUGUACGAUCUCUCUCGCGGGUUAGCCCGGAGGCUUAGUCCCGUUAUGCUCGGUAAGGUUCGAAAACCGUUUUUGCACACCUCCAUUGUUGUGUUUGAGGAAGAAUUCUUCUAUGGCGGUGGUGGAAUUACAAGCUGUGUACCUGGGGGCACAAUGCUAGGUGAGCCAGACACUGUAGUGGAUCUUGGGAAUACAGAAGUGACCGAAGAAAUCUUCUUGGAGUACUUAUCCUCUCUUGGAGAAUCUGGGUUCAGUGGGGUGGCCUAUAACCUGUUUGAUCACAACUGCAACACGUUCAGCAAUGAAGUAGCCCAGUUUUUGACAGGGAAGAAAAUUCCUUCAUAUAUCACAGAGCUACCUUCUGAAGUCUUGUCCACCCCAUUUGGACAAGUCCUCCGUCCUAUCUUGGAUUCUGUUCAAAUCCAGCCACCCGGAGGGAACAAUUUUAACAGACAUAAUGGACCAAGCUAACUGGGCUGAAGCCUCCAAUUCAGCAUGGCUGUUGCCCUGCUUUUUAACCUAACCUCUUUUCUGUUGCUAACCAUAACUGUUAAUUAUUUAAUUCCGUUACAAGAAGAUCACACUGUAUGGGGCCAUAUUGACAACAUUCAUAUUUUUAUAUUUCAUAAUAUUCAAAAGGUUAUGAGUCUCAAUUUUAUUUAAGAAAGCAUGUUCUUUAAAAUGUAUUUGUUAAAUACACUACACUUAAAAUGGUUUUAUUAUUUUUUGCUUGAACCAAGCAAAGUUUUUGAGCAGUUGAUGUCUGAACGAUGCCAUAAGCUUAGGGUUCCUUGGUAAAACGUAAGGGGCAGAAAGAUCCAAAAAUCUUUUUGUCCCGUUGUCACCACCGGUAAUCAAGCAGGGCUGGAUUUACACAAAGCGAAUGCGGCACAGGCCUAGACUGCCACUAUUUGUUUGGGUGCUGCACGAGGCAUGGGUUAAUAGUACCCCUACCCAUACACGCCUGUGUGUUAUUUUCUGAUAUACCCUACCUGAUUAGCUCAUUGGCUGCACAUCUUAUUCCUACCUAUUUUCAACUUACAUCCCAUGUUUAUGUUUUGAAAGCGCGCAGGGCAUGCCUUUGUCAUUAGAAGCAACUAGAAUGUAAAUGUGCCUUUACAUGAGGUAUGCAUUUAACGCUGAUGUAUAAUAUACACCAACAUAUCUCAUACUGUUGUGCCUCUGUGCAUUACAUGAUUUAAAUUUUCAUUCUUAACACACCCAUCUACCUUGUAAAAAAAAAAACAAAAAAAAAAAAAUUCUUCUAAAUCCAUCCACCCUUUGUUGCAACAAGUGGUAGUACUGAUAACAGAAUGUGAUCAUUACUGGUUUCCAUGGCUCCUCUAUCUAUGUCAGACUUUCAUUAAAAGCCAAAAAUGACCCUUGUCCCCUACAGACCCAUGAUAAAUGUCCAGAAUGUACCACUGCUGAUGUGCAAGGGGGUUGCUAGAGAUUAAACAUUUGCCUGUUAUUACAUCACCGCCUUUCAAAACAGCGCUCUUAACAGUUCAAGUUCUUGGAAAGAUCUGAUUUAAGCUUGGCGCACAUCUCUUCCAUUGAUUGUAUUAAGGCUGCCUGCACUUUGAAUUUAUGGAUCCUUUCAGAAUAUUGCUGUCACUUCUGAUGCAAUGUGGAAAGCAUCAACUGCCAAUUGUUUGCUUAGGGAUUGUAACACUAUUGAUCUGUUUCUCUCAAACAGAACAUUAUUGAUUUUUGUCCAAGUACGUAGGUUUAACACAUUUAUUUUGCACUUUGCCAUAUAUAAUAUCCGUGCCAGUCCUCGCUUUCUACAAUGGCCCACAGCAUAGUUUUGCUGUGUAUUAGAAGAUUAAAUACAGGCAGUACUAACUUUACAUUGACUCAACCUACAGCAUUUUCUACUUGCCGUAUACCUCCAAUUUAGUAUUGAUAUAAAGUAAAAAAUCUUAUUUCCUUCUCAUUAUUGUUUUGUUUUCACCGUCCUGUGAUCCUUACAUUUCUUCUCAUUGUGUUACUGAGGUGCUUUGUAAAAUACAUAAUACACAGUGAUGACAUGUUUAACUAUGUUCUGUACUGUUCACUGUACUGUAUCUUGUUAAUGUUUGUAAUAUAGUUGAUGAAAGACUA